ACAAACCCUAGCUUCAAAAUCAUCUCCAUCUUCUUCUGUUUUUAUAGGCAAUCAUCUUCUUCGAUAUAGAAAUCAAUCCAAUAGUUUAACAGAAUUAGCUUUUGUAAUUGGCAUGGCGGAUCAAGAUAUGGAAUUGAUCGAUCAUACGGAUCAUCCUUCAGGACUUGUACCCAGAAUUCAGAAUAUCGUAUCAACCGUCGACUUGGAUUGCAAAUUGGAUCUUAAAGAAAUAGCUUUGAAAGCACGCAAUGCAGAGUACAAUCCCAGGCGAUUUUCCGCAGUUAUCAUGAGAUUAAAAGACCCCAAGACAACUGGUUUGAUAUUUCACAGUGGAAAAGUUGUUUGUACUGGUGCCAAAACUGAAGAACAAUCAAAGUUAGCAGCAAGAAAGUAUGCUCGCAUUGUACAGAAACUAGGGUUUCCUGCAAAAUUCAAGGAUUUCAAGAUUCAGAACAUUGUUACUUCCUGCGAUGUCAAUUUUGUUAUUAGGCUCGAGGCCUUUCAAUAUUCUAAUGGUGCCAGAUUUUCCAAAUAUGAACCUGAAUUAUUCCCGGGUAUGGUUUACAGGAUGAAAAAGCCAAAGGUUACAAUGCUUAUCUUUGUGUCAGGAAAAGUAGUUAUUACAGGGGCUAAGAAUAAAGGUGAGGCAUACACUGCGUUUGAGAAUAUCUACCCACUUCUUAGACAGUUCAGCAAAGCGGUUCACUAGAUGUAUGAUUUCCAGGCCUGAUGAUGUCUGUAUAUUGAGGGUUUUGAUCAGUUAUAUGCAUCUUGCAAACACUUAAAGAGUAAAUUGAAGGUAUUGGAAGACUAAU